AUGGAGGAAUCCGACUAUUUCCAAUCUAAGAGCACCUUGACAGAUUUUGGCAGUGUAGAGAUUGAGGCGGAAGAGGCCCGUAGGUCCGCCAUAAGAUCAUUUUAUGCCUCAAAUCUGCAUGAAUCAACGUCUUGUAAAGAUAUGUUAGACAUUGCAUCGAAAGUGAUAUUAAACGACUCAGAUGUCAAUGCCCUGGAAGCCGUGAAAGUCUUAUACGAAGUGUUGAAAGGCGACAAAUGUCUGAAUACCGCUGCUUUGGAUGUAUUUUUUGAUACUAUCCCCAAGGCUCUCUACCAAAAUCUUCUUUCGUACGACUUUUGCCCGCCAAGGCCAUUUAAAUCAGGCAACUGUCAUGCUAUCAACUCGGUGAAGUUUGCCCUAGAAAUGCCCUGCAUUUUGAUGCUUGCGUCCAAUGCCUGUCCCCAGGCAUUGGUUAAAUUUUAUGAACCUCUGCUUGUCAUUCUAUUUCGUUUCAUGGAAUCGAAGGUUAGCCAAAAGUGCGAGCAGCAGGAGCUGGUGAUUUCUGCACAAAUACGCAGUCUCAGCUUCGUUUGCUAUACAUUCAAGAAUGGGAUCAUGUUUUCCUCGCCCAUCUCUGUGGAAUGCUUCUCUCAGCGUACAAUAAACCUCAUAAAAAGCUUUUUGGUCUUAUUGCCAUCUCACGCAUGCGAUCAACGCAGAUCCAUUUUGGAAAUACUGCGUACCUUUGUCACAUCACAGUGCGGCUUAUGGAAGGAAUUGGCCCCCCUGCUGGACGAGCAACUGCUGGCGGGCCAUGGGAAGGCCCAGCAGGACUUUUGUCGCCCCCUAGCCCUACAGGUUAUGUUGGAGAUUCUACUUGCCCUCAAGGGCAGAUAUGCCACAAUUAACAUGGAUGAAAUUGUGAAAUCACUUACACAGGCACUGUACGACAGAGCCCUCCUGCCAAAUGCACAUUUAGCGGCGGCAAAGUCUUUAGCACUACUUAUGGAGCACCUAUCGCACUCCCAUCAAGAAAUGGUACUCUGCUCCUUCACACUUUUGCUAGAAAAUACGGCAAACAAAUUUGUAACAAAGCCUCCCGGAUCUAAGCCCUCCGCCGCCUUGGCGCCUGCCACCCCUACCCCCACCGUGCUAUGGCUCUGUAGACUGGCCGCUGCCAAUUUAUCGCAGGGAUUUGACCACCUGUCGGCGGAAGUUCAAGAGCGCGGCUUGCAGGCACUGGCAUUACUUUCUUCGUCCACGCGGGACCCUGAAAUUGUGGACAGUUUCUGUACAAUAGUUACUUCAAACUCGGCGACGGCUUGCUGUUUUUGGUGGACUCUGCACCAGUCAUCGUUGGAUUUGCAGAGUAUUCUCAGGAUGUUGGAAGAACAGCAACAAAAGCGCGGGGAAAGCUCUGAAGCAUCUCCCCAGCACGAUCUGUUGGAGAGGCUGGGACGUAUGGCGCCCGCACUGGAAGCAGUAGCCCCCGACGCCUUGGAGGUCCUAGACGAGCGCAUUGCCAGUCAGUACCUGCAGACGAAUUCGUUCCGGCUGGACGAGUGCGAGCUGAGGCCAGAAGUCUGGCUCGACAGGCUGAGGCGCGUAGGCCCGUCUCGGGAAGGCCUCUUGGAGGGGCUGUUGAGCCUGGAGGCCUGCCAGCCGGAGUGGCCGCUGGUACUGGCGGCUGCCCUUCCCAAGUCCCCCCCGCAGGCCCUUUCCGCGCAGCAUUUGGGCGUGUUUAAGCGCCUGCUAAAGCAGUUGCCCAGGGCCACGCUCUCUUGCAGCAUAGACCAGUGCAAGUGGCUGAGACGCGUUGCCCUGGAGUGCCUUGAGCGCCCCGCCGGGGCUCCCGGCCACAGGGAGGCGCGCAUGGCCUACCAGAGCGAAGAGUGCGAGGCGCUAUUUAUAGGGGGUAUAUUUUCCGAGUAUUUAACCGGUAAUAGCCCGGAUAAGCCCCAGAUUGGUGUUAUUCCUAGCGCGGAGCAGCUCCAGGACGUGCUUUCUGCUAGCGCCAGGAGUUCUGAGGUAUUUUACCAGGACAUAAUUUACGGAUCUUCUUCCGAGCCAGUUCCUUCUGACGACGAGAUUUACCUGAGAUUUGCGACGUUGGUGAUGAGCAAGUACUGUAAUAAGGCGCAGAGGGAGAUGGCCGCAAGUGCAUUUGAAUCUGGCAGGAAGAAGGGUAAGAACAUGUUCACCCUGUUAAGCUGUUCCUCUUGUGGUCCUCCGGAGGUCCUUGAGCCCCUAAUAAGUGCGGUACGCAAUCUUGCCUUCAUCGCCAUAGCUUCUGAUCCCUCCUCCGAGUCUUCAAUCGCCUACUACCCCGCAGUUUUAUAUUUGGCCGCCGACAAGCCCGCCGCCACUGAAGCCGCAGGGGCUUCCGGCGGCAUUUCUAGCCUGGGGGACCUGGUAAACUAUGUGGAGGCGAGCGGCAGCAGUCGGGUCUUUGUUAAUGCUAUCAGGGGCGCGAUUUGUGCGCUUGAUCUUCGACCCACGCACAUUGUCGGCACCAUAAGGGCGGUUCAGUUUAUAUGUGCGAUUGCAUCUUCUGGCAAGUGUCCCUGGGCAGAGAUAUUGGAGGCGUUGGUCUCCGCCAGCUUUGGCGUCGGCCGUGGCGGCGCCGUGUACGCCCUCACCCACGCCCUCUGCAGUAGGCAGAAGGAGGGCCUGCUUGACCCAGAGCUUCUCCCCAUCGAAGCGAUUUUGGAGGCAGUAUUUGCGGUGGUCAAGAGCGACAACGUCUACACGAGGGUGCUGGAGGCGAAGAUUGCCCUCCGCGCGCUGCAAGUGCUGUCUAGUAUGCUCAGGGGGUCGCAGCAGCGGCUUUUGGGGGAGUUUUUAUACAAGUGUUUUUACUCGCCAACUCCGUUUGUCCGUUGUCUGGCGCUUAGAUUUUAUACGCCGGAGAGGUACGGGCCUGGCUUUGACGCGUUCAGGAGGGCCUUCGACCGGGACUACCCCGCGUCGAGCCCAUCCAAGGGCCAGGACUGGCGCGGAAGGCCCAGUUUUACGGCGAUUUCGCCGGGAGACAGAGCCGGCGUGAUCAGCUUUUUCGAGAGCAAUCUCGUUCCCCUGGGCCACUCGGUCCACGCACAUUCCUUCGCGGAGGCCCUGUCGCAGCUACAAGUGGAGCUUAGGUACCUAGCCAAGGCAAAAAUAAGCGUUCAAAAAAUAAGCGUUCAAAAAUCAAGCGUUCAAAGGUGCGGCGCCUUGCAGUCCCACGCCCGCAUUUGUGGCCUGCUGAAGCUGCUUUGCGUGACCUUCGACGCAGCUAGGGCGGCGGAGGGGGAAGGCUUUGCCGGCCUGAUCCAGAGGCUGCCCGCCUCUACGGCCAAGCUGCUCUACACGUAUACGCUAGCCCUCGAAGCUCCUUCCGAUCGAGUUGUUGACUUUGGUACCUUUGAGAGCUGCAUUUUGCCCGUAUGUCAGACGAUUGCCAAGUUGGGUGCCACAGCACUCAGCCAUCUGGACACCGAAAUGAAGACUCUCGACGCGUUAGUGGCAAAUGUCUGCCUAUUUGCCACCAGUCCCGGGCUUUUGACGCCGGAGUUUAUGCAGGGGAUAAUUUCUUCCUCCACCGUCCUGCUGAAAAAUGAGCAGAAUCAAUACUACGUUUCAAGCUCAUUGGCACGGCUCUCUGAAGCGUUUGACGAAUCUGAGGAUGUUCCAAAGGACCUGCAGGAAACGUUUCGCGCUUUCAUUGCAGAUAUAGUCUUCGAGUUGAGAUCUUUCGACGGAUUUUCCUUUGCGGCCGCGUUGCAGAGCUCGCCGCCCCAAGUCUCGUGCUCUCUGGCCAGACUAGUUGGCUGCGUUGACCUAAACGCAGUCUCCUCCUGCCUGGGCCGGGCAGAGCUGCUCGGGCGGGCCAUCCAGCUGUUCCGGGCCAGGGGCACCCGCAUCUCCAACCUGAGCGGGUUUUUGAGGCUGGCUAUAUACCGCCAGGCCGAGGCGCUGGGCGGCGGGGCGGCCGAGUCCCAGUCAAUGCCUGUCCAGUCAAUGCCCGAUUGCCUGCCGCAGGCGCUGGCCGCAGCCGUUUUAAACUACCAGCUCCACGAGCCGGCGUCAGAGGCCGCCCUGGCCCUGGACGAGGCGGAAAUCAGGGCCCUCCUCGACCUCCUCAUGGACGUGCCUAGAGAGGCGGACGCGAGCUACGCGCUGUCUGUCUUUUCUGCCCUGGCCCACUGUAUGGGCCACGCGAUCCGGGCCGGCCACCUGACCGAGGCUCAGGCCUUGGACGCAAUUGCCUUCUGCAUCAGGGCCGCCUGCGGCAGCAGCCCUCACUCCGGCGUGGCCGCCGGAGCCUUGGACCCCCCGGUGGGCCAGUACCUGAGGGAGAACGUGGACCGGCUGCCCGAACUGAUGCGCCGGCUCUCGACAGGCGGCCCGCCUUGCGCCUGCCCCGGGCAGCUCAAGGCGAUGGGCCUGGUGACUGAGCACCUCGGGCAGCCGGUUCACUGCUUUCCGGAGCUGCUAGACAUCCUUUCACAGCAUUUCAAGUGUCCCUCCCACGGCGAAUCGCUGCUGGUCGAGGCGUUCGCGUUGCUGCGGGAGCAGUCGCACGGUGAUAUCGUGAGGUACGCGCGUUCCGCAGCCGGAGAAAACCUGCUCGGGAUGGCGCGGGAUACGUUGGUAAAUGACAAGCGGCUGGCCGCCAGGGCGCAGGCCCUGGCGCUGCUUUCCAAGGCCUACGCCGGCGCGCCGGCCGAUCUGGCCGGGGGCAUGUCCGGGGCGGAGAUCCUGGCGGCCGGGCUCACGCAUUCGGAUGCCGAGUACAGGCACAUCAGGAUGGAGGCGCUGGAGGGGCUGGUCAGCGCAAUGGGCCCGCAUGGCCGCGAAGCGCAGGACCUGCUGCUGGCCCGACUGGCGGCGGAGGCGGAAGGCGGGUGCCAAUCCCUGCAGGCGCUGGCGAAUAUUGCACUUCUGCUGAACGCCUCGUGCGUGGCUGGGGAGAAUUUAAGCCUGGGCCGCGAGGCUGCCGCCGGGCUGCGUGCUGCCGCCGAAAAACUGGCGCAGCAGCCCGGCGACCGGGGCAAGCCCAUCGACCCGUUUAGGACGGCCGCCGUGAAUUUGUUCUGCUUUAUGGGCGCUUCAGCAGACCUUACGGCGGACCUUAUGAACGAGGUUUCAGAAGCGGCCCUGAGGCUGGCGCUCACGUGGCCUGCUGCUGCCAGCCCUGAGCACCCAUUACUGCACAGGCUUUUAUCGCAAGGGGCCCUAUUCGGAGCGAUUUCGCCGGAGCUUUUGGAAAGAUACGCCAGGGUGGAAUUCGUGCCGGGGUGUUCCCCGCAGGAGGUGUCUGAGAAUUUGUUUAUUUUGACCGCGGUGGUGGCAGAGUGUCCGGACGCGUCGGUGGGGCAAAAAUACUUUGACUUGCUGAUGCGCCACUUUUCCGUCGCACAUCCCACAGCCGUGCCCCCCCUCGCCUUCUACACGUACCACAGCUUGUCGGCGCUUCCGGAGGAGGCGUUUGGAAGCAUUUUUACGGCAAAAAACAUAGAGAGGCUGGGUUGCGACAUUCUGUCUUCCCUGCCACGCUGCGGCUCGGGGGCUGGCGGCCCGCUGCCCGGGAUGUCUUUAGCAGCGGCGCUGGUGCUUUCUCAUGCGCUAAUCGCAUUCGAAGCCAACAUUUUCCCCCACCAGCGCGUGGUGGAGCUCUUGGCGGGAAGCUCUACCGCGCACAUGGAGAAGCUUCGGUCGGGGUACUUGGUUCUGGACGGCGUGGAGUAUCGAUUACCCCCUGCAGGGAAUGUAAACUGCCUGUCCCAUGCGCGCGAUAAAGCUCCCUCCUGGGGCAAGCACGCGCCGUGCCUUGUCGCCGCGGAAGGCGACACGGACGGGGCGGAGGAUAACGCUUUUGUGGGCUGGAUCUUCAUGGACUAUCUGUACGCGGCCCUGUCUGCCGUCCCUGGCGUGGAUCGGGCGGUCUUCGGGGUGUUCGCGGCCAUGUCAAGCGAUCUGAACCCCUGCCACUCCCACGCGCUCGUCUUGGCCACGCACUGGGCGAGGGAGACGCGGGCAGAGGGAGGAAGGCCAAUGACACGGACAGAAAAGCUAUCACAGGGCGAAAACCCAAUAUUCGUCCGUACAAAUAGCGUGAGAAGCGGAGAGCUUUAUAGGAGUCUGUGCUGGGGGAGGUGGCUGGGCAGUUGCGCCCUCAUCUACAGGGACGGGGGGCUGGGCCCAAAAGUAGUCGACGUGUACCGCCUUCUCCACGAGCCCGCCGAAAUGCGACAAAUCUACCACCAAGUGUCCCUCUCCAUGCUAAGGGACAUGCGGGCCCAGGCCUUGGUGGACCCGGGCGACCAGUCGACCUACCACUCGGCCAUAAGCGGGGCCCUUUCCCCGGACCACGCCAUUCGCAGCGAGUGUAUAUCUAUUUUGGACGAGAUAGCUCCCGCGGAGAUUGGGGAGCGGAUGCAGUUUUUGUUUACGCUAAAGUUGCCUUCUAGUCCGCGCCUAUUCGCGUCCUACCCCGCCCUUUACACGGGGCUCCUGGAGGCGGUCACAGGACCGGAGGCGGUCGCUGACGAAUCAUCUCCCGCCGGUGCGUCUGUUGCGGAGAGGCUGCGCGGGGCCGGCGUGUGCGGGCCGAUGCUGUCGUUCCUCGGCCCGGGGGCAUUAGAAGGCGUCGGGGGAGAAGGCGUUGGUAAGGGGUUUAGGGGGGUUGGAGGGGAGAGGGCCUGGCGGGCCUGGAGGGAGCAGGUGCGGUUUGCGUGCCCCGCCGUGGCCCGCAGCGAUUGGCUGGAGCUGUGCCGGCGUCUUCCAAUGCGCCCGGGGCUCGCCGCCAGUUUUGUCAGAUUUAUCUGCCAGCCCGGUGGGGCCGCGUGCCGGGGCUCCAAUCCGCUGCUGACCUUCAUUGAGGGCGGGCUGGUGUGCAGGCCCACGCCAGCCCUGCCCCUGGAGCUGCUAAAGCACAUGGCGUUUAAGCACGGCAGCUGGCACCAGGCCGCGGCCGCCCUCUCCAGGCAGAUCUCCGGGGGCCUGCCGCACAGGUGCCGAGCCAUCGAGCUGCUAUCGGAAGUUUAUUUCGCACUGGGCGAGCGUGACUACGCCUACGGGGCGCUGCGGGCGCUCUGCAGGGGCGCGGGCGGGGCCGCCCUGGCCCUGGAGCAGCACGGCCGGUGGCUGGGCGCCGCGCGGGCGUGCCACGGGGCGAUGAAGAGGCUGGGCUCAGGGCUUCCCCUGGACAGCAGGGCCAGGCUGGGGCACGAAGUCGCCCUGUGCCACCGCGGCUGGGGCGAGGCGGCCAAGUCGCUCGGCCGGUGGGACCUUUUGCCGGCACCGCGCCCCAGCCGCUCCGGCGAGUCGGCGCCCUUGGGCGCAGACCAUUUAGAGCGGGCGCUGCGACUGCUAGAGGCGGAGGCCACAGAUCUUAGCGCGGCGAGUAAACACAUUCAGCAAGGCAUUCAGCAAGUCGCCACCGCGUGCGGGCUUCUCUCGGGCCGCGCCGCGGGCGCUGCGCGCAGGCAGCUUUGGGUGGAGCAUGAACUCUUGGAUUCGGCGAGGAGGUUUGUCGCGGCCGCAUCGCACGCGUCCCAUCUUCCCGCCCCCGCCCUAAUACUGGGGGGCAACUCGAGCUUCUGCGACCCCCCGGGGGUCUGGCACAGGGAAAUGCGCAGUUACCUUCGCCUGUCGAAGCUUCUAAAGUCGCUGGGGGACAAGGCCUACCAGUCGGCUGUCGCGCUGCAGAUACAGCGCGUGCUUAUGGAGGCCGGAAGGGCCUUUAGGAAGUUCCACGGGCUCAACGCGAUCGCGUCCCAAUGCCUGUCAAAGGCCCUGGCCGAGUUCGGUCCUCCGUUUGGUCCUACGGUUGGCCCUCCAGUUGCACCCCCCCGCGCCGCGCAGGCCGUGGCGCCCCUCCUUUUUGACAUGGCCCGCGAGGCCAUCGCGGAGGGAACAGCUGACGCGCGGCGGGAGGCGGAGACGCCCGCCGCUGGUCGCGGAGUGCUGGACACCCUCCUGAAGAACGCCCCGGUUGAGGCGCUCCGAGGGGGCGCGGGCUGGCUGGCCAGCGGGGCCGGGGCGGGCGCGGAAAGCACGGUGGCACUCUUGCUCAGCUCCCUGAAGAUAGACCCGCUCAACAGUAAAACCUGGUUCUCCUGGGCCCGCCUGAGCGAGGGCGACUCCCUAGGACCCUCCCUAGGACCCUCCCUAGGACCCUCCGUCAUGGCAUACCUCGUCGGCGCCACGCUGGAGCCGGAAAAGGCGCCCGUCUAUCUGGGCCGGGUGCUGUGGCUCCUAGCCGCCUCGGGCGGAGACAAGGAAGUCUGCGAGGCCUUCGCCCGCUACAGCCAGGCUGUGGACCCCCGCUGCUGGGAGCCCUGGCACCCGGCCCUCGUGUCCUCGCUGCAGCGCCCAGAGCGCGGACAAGUGGCGGCCCUGCUCCGCAGGAUCCUGCACUUUAGCCCCUCGCCCCUGUGCUUCCACCUCAGGCUGGCCGGCGACUCGGACGAAAACCCCAUCGCCAGGGCCUGUGGCGCCCGCACGGCCGCCUAUGACUGGUUCGCCAGGGAGGUGGCUAGUAUUGGGAAGCCCAGCUGCAUUGAUGAACUGCGCUGCAUUGUAGAUACGCUACUGGAAGAGACGCUGGAAGUCCCGGUUGACGCCUCCCUGCCGCCCUCCGUACGCGAAUUAAUUUAUGAGUUCGUCCCGUCGCAAAUCAAAUCCCUUGGGGCCGAGGGAGUGGAACUGCCCGGGGGCUCGGAGCACGCGAUAGUUGCGCUCCUCGGCUUUAGAAGGUGCCUUCGCUCCAUGGCCGAGGGGGGGCUGGAUCAGCCCUUUGCCUGGGUGCACGAACUGUCCCCCGGGUUUGCCUCCGCCGAAUGGGCUCGCCUGGCCCUGGAGAUGCCGGCGCGGGGCGGCGGCUGCUCCAUCGCUGGCGUGAGCAACCGCAUACGGAAGGUAAGGCGCAGCCACCACGUGCUGAAGGAGGUGCGGCUGGUCGGCAGCGACGGCUGCCUCUACCCCUUUUUGGUGCAUCCGCUGGAGGCGGGUGCCCAAAGGAGGCUCGCCAGGUACAAGGGCCUGCAGCAGCUGGUGAACUCCCUCUUUGCUAGGCAUAGGGCCACGAGGGCCAGGUCAGUUGAGUUUCCGGUCUUCCCGCUGCUUCCGUUGAACCCCUUCACCGCCUUGGUUGAGCACGACGCGCCUUCCCACUCCCUGCAGCAGCUCGUUGAGGGGCGUUUGGAUUUGGACGCCGAUAACAGGCGCCAAGGCCAGACUUGGGGCGAGUGUUUCACGUUUCCGGUGGAUUUCAGGGCGGACGCGGCCUUAGUGAUGGCGCUGCACAAGCUUUUGUCGGAGAGGGAUCGGCUGCCAGUAGAGCUGCCAGUAGAAGGGGCUGCUCCAUUUGAAUUGAUUUCGAAAAUUGUGCCGAAGCAUGUGCUGCGCCGGUCUCUGGCCCUGAUUCAUGGCAGCGACGCGGCGUCAUUUCACAGCGCAGUCAGAGACUUUUCCACUUCUUACGCCGCGUUGUGCCUCUUCAACUUCGUAUUGGCGCUACCGUAUACCAAGCCCUUGCAGCUGCAGCUGGGUCCCGAUUGCAGGGCCCAUCAACUUGACUUUUUCCCGAGUUAUCGCGGGGACCUUGCGCACCCUGCGGGCGCUGAUGCUGUGGAGCUGCUCUUUAGAGACUCUGUGCCGUUCCGUUACACACCUAACAUUGACGCGCUGAUAGGGCCCUAUGGGAAGCUCGGCCUAGUGCCUGCCGUCAUGUACGGCGUUUCCUGCUGUCUAAAAAAAUAUGAAUUCCACUUUAAAAAUAUACUCUCCCUAGCCAUGCGCGAUGACAUCCUACAGCUAUAUGAAAACAGAGAUAGUUCUCCUGCCUCCUGGGACAGGGAGGCGUUGGAAUGCGCACAAAAAAAUACGAAAAAGGUGCUGGACUAUAUAUUUGCCUUUGCCGCCGCGGAGCCCGCGGCUCCGCGCUGGGGGAGAAGGGUAGAGGGGGAAAACGGAAGGCUAGUGGGGGAAAAUGUAGAGGGCCCGCCCAUAGACCAUCGCAUCCACUCGCUCGUGCAGUUCAGCUCCAAACCAGACACGCUUGCAAGCCUAAAAACCACCUGGCAGGCUUGGAUCUGA